AUGGAUGGGCACACCAUUCUUCUGCUGCAAACAGCUCCACAGAAAUCAUCAUGCACUUAUAUCGAGUAUCCCACCACAGCAGAAGCCAUUGAUGGGCUGUGUGCUCUGUUCGAGCGGCGGCUCAAGGAGAUGAACCCUGGGGUGAAGAACAUCACGUAUGACAUCUCAGAGCUGUACCAGUUCAUGGAGUCGCUUCCUGACCUCACUGCUCUUGUGCUGGAUGAGUCUAUCUGUGCAUACGUCCCAUACGACCGAAAACGGCUCAAGGAGCUCGCCUACCAGCGGCUAAGCAAGCUAGCUGGUGUACAAUGA